CCGCACACUCGCUUCGUCGCCACGCGUCGAGGCAUUCUUUGCAGUCUCGCCUCGCUCGAGAUGACCGGUGCUACUAGGAUGCUGUCGGUGCUUCUUCUGGUGGUGGUGGUCGCGGCCGGCGGAGCGGCCGCGUCGCACUCGAGCCCGAGCUCGUCGUGCCCCGCGACGCCGCCGGACGCCGGGAACACGCUGCAGGUGUCGCACGCGUUCGGGCCGUGCUCGCCGCUGGGCCCUGGGACGACGGCGCCGUCUUGGGCGGGGUUCCUAGCGGACCAGGCGUCGCGUGACGCGUCGCGGCUGCUGUACCUGGACUCGCUGGCGGCGCGUGGCAAAGCCCGCGCGUACGCGCCCAUCGCGUCGGGGCGGCAGCUGCUGCAGACGCCCACGUACGUGGUGCGGGCCCGCCUCGGCACGCCGCCGCAGCAGCUGCUCCUGGCCGUCGACACUAGCAACGACGCCGCGUGGAUCCCCUGCGCCGGCUGCGCCGGCUGCCCCACGUCGUCCGCGCCGCCAUUCGACCCGGCCGCGUCCACCUCGUACCGCUCCGUGCCCUGCGGCUCGCCGCUGUGCGCGCAGGCGCCCAACGCCGCGUGCCCGCCCGGCGGCAAGGCCUGCGGCUUCAGCCUCACGUACGCCGACUCCUCGCUGCAGGCGGCGCUGUCGCAGGACUCCCUCGCCGUCGCCGGCGACGCCGUGAAGACCUACACCUUCGGGUGCCUGCAGAAGGCCACCGGCACGGCCGCGCCGCCGCAGGGGCUGCUGGGGCUCGGCCGCGGCCCGCUGUCGUUCCUGUCGCAGACCAGGGACAUGUACCAGGGCACCUUCUCGUACUGCCUCCCAAGCUUCAAGUCGCUCAACUUCUCCGGGACGCUCCGGCUCGGGCGCAACGGCCAGCCGCCGCGCAUCAAGACGACGCCGCUGCUGGCGAACCCGCACCGGUCGUCGCUCUACUACGUGAACAUGACCGGCAUCCGCGUGGGCAGGAAGGUGGUGCCCAUCCCGCCGCCGGCGCUGGCGUUCGACCCGGCGACGGGGGCGGGCACAGUGCUCGACUCCGGCACCAUGUUCACCCGGCUGGUGGCGCCGGCGUACGUGGCCGUGCGGGACGAGGUCCGGCGCCGCGUCGGCGCACCCGUGUCCUCGCUGGGAGGCUUCGACACGUGCUUCAACACCACCGCCGUCGCAUGGCCGCCCGUGACGCUGCUGUUCGACGGCAUGCAGGUGACGCUGCCGGAGGAGAACGUGGUGAUCCACAGCACGUACGGGACCAUCAGCUGCCUGGCCAUGGCCGCGGCGCCCGACGGCGUCAACACCGUGCUCAACGUCAUCGCCAGCAUGCAGCAGCAGAACCACCGCGUCCUCUUCGACGUGCCCAACGGACGCGUUGGCUUCGCGCGCGAGCGCUGCACCGCCGUUUGAUUUAGCUUGCUGUUUGCUCGCCUGCGCAGGGCCCGGAUUCGAAUUACGUACGUUUAUUUAGUUUAACCUGCGUUCUACGGUUGUGGGUGUCAUGCACGGCUGUUGGUGUGGGUGAUUAGUAUUUUAGUGAUUUUUGUUUUCCAUUUUUACCGGUCAGUGUAAUCUCGAUGCUCUCCAGAAUUACCAUAUGUAUUUCACUUUCACGAGUCGCUUGCGUGAAAACUGGCGUUUAUGUGGUUUAGGGGUUGAAAGAUUGGGGUUCAAAUUAUGUGGUUUAGAGGUUGAAAGAUUGGUGUUUAAAUAAUGUACUGCAUAUUUCAAUUUUGGGUUAA